AUGGUCAAGCUCUUGCUGCAGGCAGGCGCCGACAAGGACAAGUCGCCGGGACUCCCAGUGCCCGGCACGGGAACGCCUUUGCAGGUGGUCUGUUCCACGGGCGACGUGGAGAUAGCCCGCUUGCUCAUCGAGGCCGGCGCCGACAAGGAGAAAGUGAGCCGACCGGCGCCCAACACGCCUCUGCAGAUCGCCUGCAGCAAAGGCUACGAAGACUUGGUGAAGCUCCUCUUGGAGGCCCGGGCCGAUGCAGACCGGGCCCUGCCACUAAUGGACGGAGGGACACUUCUUGAUAGCCAAGGGACGCCGCUUCAGACCGCAUGCCGAGAAGGUCAUGUGGCCAUCGUGCGGAUGCUCUUAGAGGCCGGCGCGAGUCGGAACAAAGUUAGCCGCUCGUGCCUCGAAAAGCCGCUGCAGCUGGCCUUCGCCUCCAGGCACCUGGACAUCGCACGCCUCGUCUCCAAGGGCUUACAAGAGUUCAUCAAUGCGCUGACCACGCAGUCCCCACCUCUCUGGCCGAAACGCAUGCCUCCCCUCUUCUUCCCAGACGUGGACCGUUUCAUCCGGGCGAUGUACUUCCCACCGCUGACGCCGGCAAAGUUCCGGAGCGCCGACGGGGAGCUACACGCCGUCGUCAGCCUGACGGCCUUCGAAGCCCUGCGACGGGGCGAGGCGCCCGCGCCGCCGCCCAACAACGCCACGUCCAAGGCGGAGGGGACUCGGCGGCCGUCGAGGGAGCCUCCUGCUCCACCUGUGCCGAGUCCGCGCCUUUGGUGGCUUGCUGCCAUUUUUCCGCUGGCUGCAUGGCUGGGCAAAGAGACGCUGAGCUCGGGGGCGGUCCCGGGCCUCGCCGAGCGCUUGGAGCUCGGAGACAGCGCCCGGUGCUUGGACGGCUCGCCCGUGAACCUCUACUUGGCGCGGGGCGUCCACGCUGGGCGAAAGAAGUGGGUGAUCAAUUUCCAGGGAGGUGGUUGGUGCACGACGUCUCCCUCUUCGGCCUCGGCAUUUGGCUACUCCCACGAGGAGGACGUCGCUCAUCCCGACUUGUGCGAAGACCGCGCAAAGGGGUACCAUGGCAGCUCCUCCACAGAUCGAGACUUCCGGGACUUCGAAGACAAAGGAUAUCUUUCCGGGAACCCCUCGGUGAACCCCAUGAUGUACAACUGGAAUCGUGUCAUGAUCCGCAAUUGCGACGGCACGAUGUUCCUGAGUAGCCAUGGGGAGCUUUCUACAUCUUCUGGCAGACUACAUUUCCGAGGCCGCGACAAUGCUUUCGCGGCCAUCGAGGUGCUGCUGCAGCACGGCUUGGCCGAUGCGUCCGACGUGCUCCUCGCGGGCUGCUCUGCGGGGGCCGUGGCUGCGGUGGUACUCGCAGAUGAGCUCCGGCGGCGGGUGGAGGAAGCUGUGGCAGCGCGAGGAGGUCGCGUUUUCGUGGCCGCGCUGGCAGACAGCGGCGUCUUCCCUUCCUGGGCGGCGGCUGAAGCGCCUCCAGGUACCUUGCACUUCCCCUCCCUCGCCGAGCUCUUCGCACUGGGCAACGUGAGCGGCGCGCUGCCGCAGGGUUGCCUUGAGCAAGGCCACGGCUGGCGCUGCCUCUUGCUGGGCACGGCGCUGCCAUUCGUCAGGACCCCGGCUUUUGCGUUGCAGAGCCUCGUCGACUCUUGGUCCUUGACCCCGCGGCCAACAGCCGGCGCACUGGCGUCUCUGAAUGGACACAUGUCGGAGCUCAUUGUGGGCUCGAUCAAAGGACCUCAUGGUGCGGCCCUAGACAACUGCGUCCACCACUGCAAGGCGUGGGGUGAGAUCUUCUGGGGCGGAGUCAGCAACAGCGAGGCUUUUGAGCGUUGGUUCAACCAGCGGCGAUGGGAGUGGGCCAGGGGUGAAGCCCCCGGUGAGGGACAGGGCUGGCCUUUGCUGCCUUCUACUUCGCCGGCAUUCCCCGGCUGCUACCCAGGACAGGCAGGCCAUGUGAAGUGGCAUUCCAGCGUGCGCCGGCUGGGCAACAUCGAUUCAGCUCUAGAGGGAAAGAAGACAGGGGGCCGGGGCGAAGGGCGAAGGGGUGGCGCGAUCGUGCCGGCGGGCGGCGGGACCUGUCAGGAGGUGGAGCUGAAGGCCAGCCGCAAGGAUACAUGUGCGAAGCUGAAAAAGGAUCUGGAAAAAGUCGGAACCGCCUUCAACAUCCCAGUGGAUGACAUGGAGAUCUUCUUCCAGAAUGCCGAAGAGGGCUCCAGACAGAAGUGGCUGCGGGACGACGUGGUUCUCGAAGCGGAGGAUGUGCGCGAUGGGGCCAUCCUGACCGUCGGAGUGCACGGCGAUGCUGGCCAGACGUCUCUCAAGCUUGUGGCCGAGUCGUUCGGCAAGCUGCAUGUAGUUUCAUCAGACUCAUGGCAUCGCGAGAUGCAUCUCAACUGGAUUUUGCUUCUGAUGGCCAGCAUGUCCUGUCAGAACUCCAUCGCCGUGAAAGGGGAGACAAGCUACUACUUCGCCCACUCCAGGGCCGGGCAGCACGCACGCUUUGUUGUGAAUUAUGUGCUGGAGGGUCGACGCGAGUGCGGUCUUCGCAGGGUGUGA